AGCUGUAAACAUGUGCAGUGUGCACUGUGAAAAGUGCUUCGUAAUAUCUGAAAAUAUUACAUCAAUCGUAUAUAUAAAAGUGAAAGAAUAUUAAAUUAAUGCCUCAUAUAAGUUUCCUUAAAAGAAAAUAAUAAUUCUUAUAAGAAAAUAUAAAGGAUGUACAAAGAAAAGUUCGAUUAAAUUUUGAUAUUGAACCAUAAUUGAAUUUCGUACAACAAAGAAAGGUGUGUGCGAUGUAAUAUUGUGAGGUGUAAUAAUAAAAAGCAUAACAAACAUUAACAUUGAUUGUGAAUUAGACAUCAUAGAGUGAAUGAAUGCAUUGAUAAUACACGAAAAUAAAAAAUUACUCCGGAAUUAUUUGGAACAUAUCUUUUUUCCUGUAUCGUGUACUUACAAAAAGCCACCCAAAAAAGUAAAUACAACACAACAGAUUUGUGGUUAUUGGUCAGACGUAAUCCGGGAUAAAACGCAGCCAAGUAUUCAAUGUGCGGCUUGUCGACGUUGGUUUCACUCAAAGUGCACCAACCUUUCAUCCGAUGAGAUUAAAUCCAUCGCCAACAGCAUUAAGAAAAAAGAAACAGUUUGGAACUGUGACUCAUGUGCAAGUGACAUUAGUGUUAAGACAUGUUAUGUAUUGGAUUCCGAUGAGGAGGCAUCAGAUGAUCCGCCACCGUCAAAUGAUAUUGAAACAUUACUCAAGAGACACUUUGAACGUUUUACAACAAAUUAUGAACGUGAGUUCAGGGACCUAAAAAAAUCAGUUGUAAGUGAAAUCAAGGACUUAAGAAAAGAGGUAAGCAAACGGUCAAAACAAAACGUCUCGCUAUCAAAUCAAUGUUCUGCCCUGGAUGACAGACUUACAUCAGUUGAAGACAAGCUAAACGUAGAUAUGAAGCUGCCUACCAGCCAGGAAGAGUUUUUCACUGAACUGUCGGAACGAAAACGCCGUAAAACCAACGUGAUUGCCCUAAAUAUUCCUGAGUCUGAUAAAGCUGCUGGAAAGGACCGUUUAGAGGAUGACAGAACAAAGUUAGUCACAGCUUUGCCUCCCAGUCUCAAGGAUGAGGCCACUGAACACAAGUUACGUAGACUGGGUCGUCCUACACCUGGACGUACACGUCCUCUUCACAUUACCACCCGCUCAGCAGCCGAUGCACUUUCCAUUAUCAAAUACAGACCAACAGACGAAAACUCAGGUUUUAUUUUCAAGACUGAUCUAACUCCCUCUCAACAACUUCAUCUGAGAAAUUUGCGUCAAGAGCUUGAUUCAAUCGUGAAGAGUAGUGAUGACAGUAACACAAUUAAAUAUAUCCAUGGUGUCCCAAGAAUCGUUAAAAGAAAUUUUCGUCCGCUCAACGAGCAAGAAGAAAGUAUCUUACGUCCACGUCCAAAACUCUCAACAUUUCAAACCGCAUUAGCGGCUAACCAGUACGACGUUUUAUGUAUUUCGGAAUCCUGGCUUCACUCAUCCAUAUGUGAUGGUGAAGUCAUUGAUUCAACAUAUAGUAUUUACCGUAAAGACCGUGUUUCUCUCAUCAACGAGCAGGUGCGUGGUGGUGGUGUCUUCAUCGCCUGUAAACGUAGUCUCCAUACAGAACAAAUUGCAAUAACAAACAAUGAUUUAGAGCAAAUAUUCAUCCGUGUCAAGGGAGCUUCUCGCGAUAUGAUCAUCGGCUGCAUCUACAUACCUCCUCAAUCAACUCUUGAGAUCUUCGAGUGCCACAUAGCUACCGUUUCAUUUAUAAUGGACAAAUACCAAAACUCCAACGUCAUGAUUGUCGGCGACUUCAAUAUUCCUAGCAGCUUGCCUCGUGUCGACUGUGAAAAGCAACUUUAUGAUGGAUUUGCCUCAUUAAACUGCACUCAGCAAAAUCACAUUCAAAAUGCCUGGAACUUAACACUUGACCUUUGUUUCAGUGACAUUAACUCUUCUCCGGAACACGCAGUUGCUCUUGUCCCGGAAGAUAAGUACCAUCCUGCUAUCGACAUCUUGUUAAAUUUUCGGCCGGGGUUGACGCCAGAUAAUUCGUCAUCAUACGUAUUUAAAAAGGCUAACUACGCAGCCCUUAAUACUUCUCUCCUAAGAACGAACUGGAUUGACCUCUACAAACUCGAGACUAUUGACAUACACGUACACAAGCCGAGUAACUAUCCAUCUUGGUUCUCACAUGAUCUCAUUCACAAAGUCAAACAGAAGAAAUCUGCACACCUGAUAUAUAAAAUUCGGAAAACUAAGCCAAAUUAUUUACGAUUCAGCAGGUUAAGAUUGGAAUGCAAAAAGUUAAAUAUCGAAUGCUACAAAAGUUAUGUCGACAAGGUAGAGGACAAACUGCAAUCGGAGAUCAAAGCAUUCUGGAAUUUUAUCAAGGACAAAAACCGUUGCACCGGUGACAUACCAUCUUCCGUAGCCUGGAAUGACCGCUCAGCAGAUACGGGACCAGGUAUCAGUAACCUCUUUGCAUCCUUCUUCCACAGCAUCUACGCGCCAUCGAAUAGCAACGACCCAGGUAUUGCAACCUUCAAUCCUGGUACACAGCGCACACACUUGGAUGCCCUGACAGUGACCUACGAUGCAGUACUCAAAGAACUCCUUGCUCUCGACCCCAGCAAAGGUGCAGGCCCCGAUGGUUUGCCUAACAUAUUCUUCAAAAACUGUGCGGUAGGCCUAUGUGAGCCUUUGACACAUAUAUUUGGCGAAUCUCAUCACCAUGGUACCUUCCCGACCUACUGGAAACUGUCAUACAUCUCACCGAUUCAUAAAGAGGGGCCCAAGACCUUGGUUACCAACUACCGUUCUAUCUGCAUACAGUCUGCACUUGCAAAACUAUGUGAGGUUAGUGCUUCCACAGAUACGUCAAGCAUUUGAAAACAUCAUAACAACCAAACAACAUAGCUUUACUGGUGGCAGAUCCACCACUACCAAUGUGUUCAUAUACGUCGACAAACUGCUGAACUCCAUGGAUUCCGGAUGCUGUGUGUGCAGCAUUUACACAGACUUCAGCAAGGCUUUCGACCGUGUUGACUGCGAAAUACUUUUAGAUAAGCUAAGUAAAUAUAGUGUGUCUGGACGUGCAUUAGCUUGGAUACGUACAUGCCUCACAGACAGACGCUUGCAAGUCAGAGUAGAUGGCCACUUACCCAGUGAAUAUGAAGUAAUCUCUGGUGUGCCACAAGGAUCUCUCUUUGGUCCUGUACUGUUUAACAUCUUCGUCAACGACAUUGGUAAUAAUUUUGCUUCUGAUUUCCUUCUGUAUGCUGAUGACCUCGAAAUAUUUAUACCGAUUACUUGUGAGACAGACAUCAUAAUCUUGCAACAAGACAUAAAUACCCUCAGUGACUGGUGUCGAGUGAACAAGCUGGAUCUCAACGUAAACAAAUGUGCGGCCGUAUCUUUCGCUCGCUCACACUCACCGAUCCGCACGAGCUACAAACUUGAUGGGCUUGAGAUAGCGGAGGUCGAGAACAUAAAAGACUUAGGUAUCAUUGUUGAUAAUAAGCUCACCUUCUCACACCACGCAGACAAAAUUACAUCAAAGGCUUUCAAAGCCCUUGGAUUUAUACUGAGGAGUGGUAAAGAUUUCAAAAACCGUUGGACACUCAUUAGACUAUUCAAGUCACUUGUACUACCAAUUUUGGAAUAUGGUUCGGUAAUCUGGUCUCCCUACACUAACACGACAAUCGAUAAAGUUGAAAAGGUACAGCGAACAUUCUGUAAGUCACUGGCCUAUAAACUAUCUUCACCAAUUCACAUCUGCUCUACUGAUGAGGUCUACCAGUGCUACUGUAUAAACAAACUGUCUUCUCGUCGACAGGUCGCUGACCUCUGCUUUUUCUACAAAGUAGUCAAUAACAUCACUGAUGCUCAUGAGAUCCUAAAACCAGUUUUGAACUCGCCCUGCUGGUCUUACCCUGAGGCGAAAUAGAUUACUAAAAACAUCGAAAUAAAAGAAAAAUUAUGUUGUCCAUGGUCCUCAGAAUAGACUGGCUAAUUUAGUAAAUUCACUUCAAGGUGAAAUUGAUUUCUAUGGAGGAACAUACGCUGCUUUUACCGAAAACACCAAGAGACACCUGCUCGUCUGAAUUACAUCUAAAUCAAGUCUGAAUUACAUAUUAACUUACAAUUAUUAAAAUAUUUUCCAGAUAUUACACUAAUAUACCCUAGCCACUUUUGUAUAAUACUUUAAUUCUUUAUUAUAUCUAUGUAUAUUGCCGAUUGGCGUUUAAAUAAAUAAAUAAAU